CCGCCGACCAGCUAGCUACGACCAGCCGCGGCAUCAAGCUGCUGUGUUAGCGACGUGAGAAGGUGUGUGUGCGUGCCUAUGCUAUGGCUCUCCGGCAUGUUGUUCGUAGAGGGGGUGGAGUGAUGACAUCAACAGCCGUGAAGCAGGUGACUCGGGGAGGGGGGGGGCCACCGCAGCCGCCUUUCGCACGAAACAAGCCGGUCGACUAUCAGCUGGAUGAGAACCACGAGCUGAUCUGGGACGACGGCGUUGCGCCCGAGACGACCAUUGACUUCGACGCGCCGCACAUGUCCAAGUCGGAAGCGUUCGCGUGGUGGAGCGGGGGGUUGGCCUUUUUCGCGGGCAUGCUGGGACUGGUCACCCUGAGCGACCCGGAGAGCAAGAGAGAGGCCGUCCCGCGGGCGGCCACGCUCCCCGCAACGGCGUUCGACCCGAGGGACCUGUUUAAGGCGGAGGAGGGCGAGGCGGCCGGGGAAGAUGAGGAGGAGGAGGAGGAGGAGGAGGAGGAGGAAGAGGAAGACGAGUGA